GGAAGAAGUAGCACUCACUGAGUCUGAAACCGAAACCGCCUCUUCCUCUCUCUCUUCUUCAAUUCAAUGGCUUAUCUCUUUUCUGCCAUGAAAACAGACAUAGAAAACCUUUGGGUCUUCGCCCUCGCGUCCAAAACAUGCAGAGCCUUCUCCCAAGAAAGCUUUGCAUGGCUCGUUCUCAUCGUGGGCCUCACCUGGCUCGCCACCUCCUUAGCUUAUUGGGCUUAUCCUGGCGGUCCAGCCUGGGGCAAGCAUAAAUGGAUGACAAACCCCUUUAAGCAGCUUAAGCCUGUAAUUCCAGGCCCUAGAGGGCUGCCCCUCAUCGGCAGCAUGAGCCUUAUGGCUUCUCUGGCUCACCACCGCUUAGCCGCCAUGGCUAGAGCAUGCAACGCCAAACGUCUAAUGGCCUUCAGCCUCGGGGAGACUCGUGUUCUUGUGACGUGUCACCCUGACGUAGCCAAGGAAAUACUUAACAGCCCCGUUUUUGCUGACCGGCCGAUCAAAGAGUCGGCAUACGGCUUGAUGUUCAACCGUGCAAUUGGGUUCGCACCCUAUGGGGUUUACUGGAGAACCCUAAGGAGAAUCUCCGCCACUCACCUUUUCUGCCCCAAACAGAUUAAGGCCUCCGAGUUUCAGAGGCAAGAAAUCGCCGAUCAAAUGGUAUCACUAAUGCUAAAAGACCGGUCAGGACAACUCGGCUUACGAGUUCGUGAAGUUCUGAAACGAGCCUCGUUGAACAACAUGAUGUGUUCCGUUUUCGGGCGAGUUUACGAUCUUGACUCGGCCAACAAUGAGUUGCACGAGCUGCGUGAACUCGUCGACGAAGGAUACGAGUUAUUGGGUUUGCUGAACUGGUCCGAUCACCUUCCUUGGUUGGCCGAUUUUGAUGCCCAGAGAAUCCGAUUCAGAUGCUCCAAACUCGUUCCCAAAGUGAACCAUUUCGUGAGCCAAAUCAUCUCGGAGCACCGCUCCCGAACCGACCCAAAAACCCGAGAUUUUGUUGACGUUUUGCUUUCCCUGCAAGGACCCGAUAAGUUAUCCGACUCUGAUAUGAUCGCUGUUCUCUGGGAAAUGAUAUUCAGAGGGACUGAUACUGUAGUAGUACUGAUCGAAUGGAUUCUAGCAAGGAUGGUGCUUCACCCUGAUAUUCAAUCAACGGUCCACGAUGAACUAGACAAGGUGGUGGGGAGAUCAAGAUCCGUUGCCGAAUCCGACAUGUCCCAAUUAGUGUUUCUGACGGCCGUGGUGAAGGAAGUACUGAGGCUGCACCCACCUGGGCCCCUCCUCUCGUGGGCCCGCCUGGCCAUCACCGAUACAACCAUUGAUGGGUAUCACGUGCCCAAGGGGACCACCACCAUGGUUAACAUGUGGGCCAUAUCUAGGGACCAGGAGUUUUGGGCUGACCCACUUGAGUUUAUGCCCCAGAGAUUCGUGGCGCACGAGAACGAGGCAGAGUUCUCCGUGUUCGGGUCGGAUCUUCGGCUCGCUCCGUUCGGGUCGGGCAGAAGGACUUGCCCCGGUAAGGCUUUGGGGUUGACCACCGUUUGCUUUUGGGUGGCUUCACUUUUGCACGAGUUUGAAUGGCUCCCAAUCCCAAAUGGUCAGAGUGGGGUUGACCUAUCUGAGGUUCUGAAGUUGUCUUGUGAGAUGGCUAAUCCACUCACUGUUCAGGUGCGCCCCAGGCGCGCGUAGGAUACUAAACCCUUCGCAGUCCUACUAAGUAAGAAGAGAAAAAAUAAAAAAUAUUACCAUGUAUAAUUAAUGUUGAAGAAUUAAUUAAGUUUCCAUUUAGGUUAUAUGUUAUGUUUGCGUGGGGACUUGGGCUAUUACUAUUGUGGAUCUCCACUACUUGUAUUUUAAUAACUAUAAUUAAGGUUGUUAAGUAUAUAUAUAUAUAUAUAUGAAGAUGUUAUAAAUUACUUAAAAUAAUGUAAAUAUGGUGGUGAAUUGAAUGAUACAAGUUUCAAUUGCUCUUUACAUAAA